AUGCUGUUUCGCUUCCGCGAAGCGCAAGCGGCCGACAUGGGCGUGAUUGACAUUGGCCGCACUCGUCGCCCCAAGAUGAUCACCGAAGUCGAGUCAAUACCGGCUGCCGAGAAAUGGAGAGGCCAGGUGGUGAAGGAGAUCUCGCGCAAAAUGUCACGCAUACAGGAGUCGUCUCUCAGCGACUACCAGAUCCGCGACAUCAACGACGAGCUCAACAAGCUGAUGAAGGAAAAGCACAUGUGGGAGGUACAGAUCCGGAAUCUAGGAGGGCCGAACUACAUGCGAGGAGGUGGCAAGAUCUAUGACGAAGAAGGCAGGGAGAUUCCAGGAGGAGGAAAGGGAUACAAAUAUUUUGGUCGAGCCCGCGAGCUCCCUGGGGUUAAGGAGCUGUUUGAGGCCGCCAUGUCCAAGCACAAAGAGAAGCCGUUGGAGGAGAGCAAAGACCUGCGCAGGCUGGUCGACGCGGCAUACUACGGCUACGCGCCAGAUGAGGAGGAUGACGACCUGCUCAAGUACGAGGCGGAGAAAGAGAAGCAGAUGGUCACGCAUCUGUUGGAGACAGGUGCGCAAGACGCCCCGGAAGGUUGGACAUCGCUACCGGGCGAUGCAGGCGACGGACGAGGCUGGGAGCUACCGACCUUGGAAGAGGUGCAGGAGGAGCUCCUCGAGAGGAGGCGUCGCAAGCUUCUCGAACAGAUUUGA